AUGAGCGAUCCGAAGGAGACAUAUGACCAAUCGCCCGGAAAGUGAGUCAAUUUCUGAAAGAUUUACGAGCCAAUAAUCGCCCCCACUAUCGCGUUGAUAAACUCGGCAAGACUGUUAUGAUUGGCGGUCCUCUGGGAGUCUUCGCUCUCUUUUCGACUUUUUUCGAUGCUUUUUCGUUCUUUUGCCCUGUUUUUCAUAUGUCGCUGAAGGUUUUUUUUUGCAAAUAACAAAUUUGCCUAUUGUUGGAAAAUGACGUCAUAGCAUAAAAGUAGCUCUGCAAAUAAAUUCCUCUACUCUGGUUGUCAAAAAAAAAAAUGGAAUCGUGAGAAAAAUAAAAAAUCACCCUCAUAAAAGUCCGAUAAUAAGAUUUUUUAACAAAUAUAAAAAGAGACCUUAUUUUUUUUCUCCAAAUCGGAAAAGGGUUGCGGUAUUUUCUUAUAAAUCUUCAUCUUGACCACUUUCCUUUUUCCGUACUGAAUAAGACUUUCUUCUUACUUCCACCUUUUGUGAACUAGAGCUUUUGAGCGAGGUUUUAAAACAUUCAUAAGAAUGAAGUGGAACAUUUCUCUCUCAUUCGGUACCGUACCCAGUGGUUUGUUGCCUGCGAAAGAGAAGAUUCCGUUUCCGCCGCGUUUGGUGUGAUCAAUCAAAAUUAUCCCGCACCCAUCUUUUCUUCAGUCGACUUCUUUAUUUUUAGCGUCGACUAUUGAAGAUUUUUCUCCAAACUUUUGUUUAUAUAUUUAUUCUUCUAUCUUGUCAAUGACCACUAGGGAAAAGAUAAAUAAAAGGAUGUGGCCAUAGUUUGAUCUCGAAUAAUUAGCUUUGAAUUUAAGGAAAUCUAGUUUCUAUUCUUCAAAGAAUAAAACAGCGUUCCAGAGCUCAAAAAAAAGAAGUUAUAACAUGAGAAACUGCUUUUCGAAACUCCGCCCUUUUCUUUAUCUGCGCUCCGCCUCUCACAACACGUUUAUUUGUGUUACGUACCUACAAGAUGCCUAAACCUUCUGUCUUAUCAGUUUGGCCAAUCACUUCUUGUCCUGCAGUACAAAAAGUCCGUGAGACGUUUGUUCCUUUGUCAUCAGUCGUGGUGUUUUCUUCGAAAGGCACCAAACAACUGAAGAAUUUUCCCAAUGACCUUGCCUUUUAUGCUAACCGCCUCAACCUUGCCUUUCGGACUCAAACUUUAUUUUCAUAGACGGAAACCCUAGUUUUACAGCUUCAACCACGACGUCCAAGCUCCAAUGACGUCACUGCGCCGCGCGCUCGGCGCGUUGGCGAUUAUUUUCUUGCUUUCAUCCGCUGUUAAUUCAUCGAAAGGUGCAGACAUCGCGGUCUCAGUCUCCAAUCGAGCUUUUGCUCAUGCUUUCAAGGUAAAAACAGCGGAUUCGUGUCCAAAACUGUAGAUAACGAUCUUCAGAGAGAACUCAAAGAGGCGAGGGACGCCAUAUUGCGUCACCGUCCGGAAUCGCUGAACGACACGUACUUGACACUGGAAAUCGUCGUCGACAACAUACAGAUCGUCGAACUCCACAUGCCCCACUUGACCUACCAAGUGAGUCUGAAACUUGAUUAUUCUAUUUUCGCGUUUUCGCUUGUUACACUUCCAAGCAAGCAAAAGCUUAGCGGGUUCUAGGUGACAGGACCAAAGGCGCUCGAUGUGAAGAUGGCAGGCGGAAGUGCCCGCGGAAUCGGACUUUACUCGGCCGUUUACAAAACCAAACGUGAGGGACAGUUCGAAGUCGACCUUUCCGGCUUUUUGCUGACCCUUCCGCUAAGAAGUUCCACAGAUGGAACAUUGGUGAGGCUUGACUUCUAACCAAAUUCCUCAAAUAGUUAAUACUCAAAAGUUCAAAUUCCAUCAGUCACAAGACGUUGCUAUCACAUUAAAACCCUAAGUCCUUAAGGCACCCUUAUCUAAAGAAUGCAUCUACGUUUGUUGAUGAUAUUUCAAAAAAUUUGCGACGGAUAUUAAUUUUAUAUUCAGAGUGUCUCCGACGGAUGCUCAUUGGAGAUCGAUGAAGUCAACGUCGUCAUGACUCCAGCGAUUCCCGAUCCUAUUACGGAAAAACUCCGGUCGCGAGUCAUCAAAAACGUGGAAGAAACCUCCUGUCGUCAGGCCAGAGCAUUUGUAUCACGUCUUUCGAAACGAUACAAAGAAACUGUCAAAUUCACAGACAUCACUGAGGUUGGUGUUCCGACUUCCUAUAUUCUCUCACCACCAGUUACGUAGGGUUCGAGUCCGCCAGCCUUCGGAAUAUCCCUCUUCCUUGAAGAUGGUCUCCACACGACUUCCAACGCUGAAGACAGUUCCCUCGAUGAAAACAACGAGCACAGCAUCGUAAGACUCCAGCCCAUUUCUGUCAGUAUAUAUUACAUUCUCAGAGCGAGACCGUCGAAGUGAAGAUUGACGAAGCCACAAUAGCGGCUGAACUCGAGAAGCUCUACACGGCGGCCAACACAAACUUCCACUGGCACGUUCUACCCGAACUCGACGACUUGACCAAAGGCUGCAGCGGGCAAGUGGAAUGCCUUGGACUUCUAGAAGGUGAGCCACAAAAAAAACGUAUCAAAAAAAAAGUGGUUGGCGCAAAAUAGCGCCGAAAACACACAAUGAUCCAUCAUCGUCACCCACUUCUUUACAGGACAGCUCGUUUCGGAACUUCGUCAAGCCCCGUCCGUGAAGUUCAGCGAAGGCAUAGCCCACGUGACAUUGCCUCUCACGACGACUUUGACGCAUGGGUCGAGAAAUUUGUUCGCUGUGGACACCGACGUCGAGCUGGCCGUUGACAAGUUCUUUUUGCAUUCGCCGGAAGACGGACGAGUUGAUUGGUCUGCACGAUAUAGCUUGGUGGAGGCUAAGGUGAGCAUUGCUUUCUUCAUAGAACACCCGCAUUAGUUCUCCAGCAGUUUUUUUUUCGCGAAAAUAGUUUUAAAAAAGGUUGAAGUUUCAAUUUGAAGGUUACACGGGUGUUUGCUUCACGGAGGAUGCACUGGCUGGCAGAAACUAUCGACGCCUUGCUAGUCAACAACAAAGUCAACAUAGAGGUGGGUAUUUCUGUGAAGCGAUGUGACUUUAACACCGUGUUUCAGGACAUCCUCAACAAGUACCUUCGUGGAAGUCUUCCAGUCGAAGUACGCGACGUGACUUGGCGUCCAACUGUCGCUCGUUUCAGUCGAGGCGCUGUCGCGUUUCAUCUGCUGCCUCACUUUUCCCCUCCCCUUCACUUGCUCUCAUGGAAUCACUAA